CUAUGAAAGGGAAGAACAAUAUUAAGGAGAUCUUUGAAAAAGCUCAAAAAGCGCACCAAAAUCAUGCAAAACUUGUGGCAUCUUUGAAGCACAUGUACAAUGAGUUGCAGGACAAAAUCUCUUUUCAUGAGGAAUUUGUUCAUUACCUUAAAUUUGCCCUGAUUGUCUACAAAAGAGAACCUGCAGUAGAACAAGUGAUAAAUUUUGUGGCCAAGUUUGUUGUUUCAUUUUAUGAGCCAGAAAAAGAUGACACUGAAGAAGAGGAGCAAGUGGAAAAUUCUCUUCUGAAGUAUUUGUUCAAGUUUCUGCUUGAGUCUCAUAAUGCAAACAGCAGUGCAGUACGAUUUCGAGUGUGCCAACUUAUUAAUAAACUUCUGGUAAGCCUGCCGGAGAAUGCUCAGAUCGAAGAUGAGCUAUUUGAUCAAAUUAGCAAUGCCAUGUUGCUCAGAGUGAAGGAUAAAGUUCCAAAUGUGAGAAUUCAGGCUGUGCUGGCAUUGUCUAGACUUCAGGAUCCAAAGGACAGUGAUUGUCCUGUGGUUAAUGUUUACAGUAAUUUAAUUGAGAAUGACUCCAAUCCGGAAGUCAGGCGCACUGUGCUGUCAUGUAUUGGUCCAUCAGCUGAAACCCUGCCAAAAAUUAUAGGUCGUACUAUGGAUGUAAAAGAGGCGGUUAGGAAAUUGGCAUACCAGGUUUUGGCAGAGAAGGUUCAUAUGAAAGCUUUGACAAUAGCCCAGCGAGUAAAGCUUGUGGAGCAAGGGCUUAAUGAUAGAUCAGAAUCUGUAAAAGAAGUGGUGCAAAAGAAACUUCUUCAGACUUGGCUACGGCUGGUUGAGGGAAAUGUAUUAGAACUCCUUCAUCGGCUGGAUGUAGAAAGCUGUCCCGAAGUGGGUAUUCCAGUGCUUAAUGCCAUGUUUUCGCUGUCACCAGUCAAUGACUUGAUUAAAAACUUCUCAGAACUUGAUGAAAGGAAAGUAAUUCCAAUAGAAAAACUAACUGCCGAGAAUGCUUUGUAUUGGAAGACCCUUUGUGAGUACUUGAAAUCUGAAGGGGAAGAAUUCUUAGAGAAGAUUCUGCCAGAACCUGCCAUAUAUGCAGAUUAUUUGCAAAGUUACCUUCAGAAUAUGCCAGUUCUCAGUCAAGAAGAGAAGGAAGAUAUGGCUUGUGUUGAGCAACUGAUGACCAAAGAAUUUAUAGGUCAGCAGCUGAUCCUUGUGAUAGGCUGCAUGGAUACCACUGAAGAAGGAGGAAGGAAGAGACUGCUCACAGUGUUACAAAAAAUCCUUAAGAUUCCCACUACUUCAACAUCCCUUGUACCAUCACUUACGGAGAAUCUACUCCACAUUCUCAAAGAUGAUGACAGAAGAAUCCAGACUGUCGCUGAAAUCAUUACAGAGGUUCGUGAUGAAAUUGUUACAGUAGACAAGCCCCCAGAUGCAACUGAAAUAAGAAAGCAACAGCUUAAACUGGCUGAAAUUAAAGUGAAACUUAUGGAAGCAAAAGAUGCAUUAGAGAAAAGCGUGGCUUUGCAGGAUUUCAGCCAGGCAUCCCUGUUGAAAGAGAGAAUAAUGGAACUGGAAAGCAUUAAAAAUGACCUGUUAAAAGAGGCAGAAGAGCCUCCAACCAAAGAAAUAUGCAUGGAAAAGAGUGAUCCUGAAACACUACUGAAGUGUCUGAUGAUGUGCAACGAACUUCUCAAGCAGCUGUCCCUUUCGAAAGGAUUAGGCCCAACAAUGGAUGCAAUAAUUGAAUCUUUGAUCAUUCCAGGAGUUACUAAUAUCCAUCCAGCUGUAAGAAAUUUGGCAGUUUUAUGUUUGGGUAGCUGUGGUUUGCAGAGUGAAGAAUUUGCCAGCCAGCACCUUGCAUUGCUGUUGCAGGUCUUGCAAAUCGAUGAAAUAAAGGUAAAACUAAGCGCUUUGAAGGCAGUCUUUGACCAACUGAUGCUGUUCGGAAUAGAACCUUUCAAAGCAAAAAAAGAAAAAUGUGCCCAAAGUGAAAAUGAAGAGAAUGAAAAUGAGGUGACUAAGGAAACUGAAGAAGAAAUUGCAACUACCCACAAUCUCCUUCAGCUUCUUUCUGGGUUCUUAGACAGUGAGAUUUCAGAACUCAGGACCAUAUCUGCUGAGGGCCUAGCCAAACUCAUGUUCUCCGGGCGAUUGAUUAGCGCUAAGCUGCUUUCUCGACUUGUUUUGUUGUGGUAUAAUCCGGUGACUGAAGAAGAUACCUGUCUCCGACAUUCCCUAGGCGUUUUCUUCCCUUUAUUUGCUUACUCAAAUAGGACAAAUCAGGAAUGCUUUGAAGAAGCUUUUCUUCCAACUUUAAAAAUAUUGUUUAAUGCUCCUGCUUCUUCACCAUUGUCUGAAGUUGAUGCAGCAAAUGUUUCUGAGUUGUUUGUGGACCUGACGAGACCAAGUGGGCUGCAUCAAAGCGCUAAGAAUUCACGGAACUACCAGGGUUUGACAGUUCAUGAUAAUUUGGCAGUGAAAAUAUGCAAUGAAAUCUUGCUGGAUCCAAGUGCACCUGAUGUCCGUAUCUAUGUAAAAGCUUUGAGUUCCUUAGAACUUAAUAAAGACUUCACAAAAGACCUGCUGGUUUUAUUAGAUGAGAUCCUUGGGAAAUUGAAAGAUAAAAUGUGUUUACGAGUGAUAGAAAAAGUGAAGAGCAACAUAAAUGGGGAAAACAGUAUUAAUGGAGACAUCUCUGAAGUGGCACAGGAAAUGGACCUUUCUCAAGUAACUCGAGACACUGCUAGUCCCGUCAAACACCACUAUAAUGACAGAACAUCUAAUUCCGCUGACCAAAAUGGAGAAGUAGAAAAUAAAGAAACCACUGAAAUAACUGAAGAGAGAGAGAGCACAACUGCAAAGUCAAGAUCUUCAAGAAGGAAAACCACAAAAGGUCUGAGAAAAACGGAAGAGAAGUCUGUGCCGAGAAGAGGAAAUAACAGAAUUGUGGAGUCCGAAAGUGAAAGUGAAGAAGAUCAACAAUCUGUUUCACUGGCAAGACCAUCACGCCGAGCAAAAGUAUUAGCUCUUGAAAAAACCAGAAUAAAUCUCUCCAAGCUUCUGGACUAAUAAUUGAUUGACUGAAAAGUAGACACGGUUGCAGCUGGAAGCUGGAUGUAAACCAAUUGUAUAUAAAAAA